AUGUCGACGCGAUGGGCUGCCUUGUCUCUCUACCGUCGGUCGCUGAAGCUGGCGCUAGACUGGGCUGUUCAUCGACAUUUGUGGCGUGGCCAGGCUCUCUAUAUUCGCUCACUAUUCGAGGCCAAUCGCAAUGUCACUGAUCCUAGGCAUCAAAGGGCUCUGUUGACGGAGACCGAGAAGCUGCUAGAGAGCUGGAAACACCCGGACCCUUACACUCCCCCGACAGCUCCUGGGGGUUCGAAGUACGAGCGAAACCUCCCAUCGCCUGUUCUCGACCCCCCUCCACACCCUGUUAACCGACAUUAA